CGGACUGGGGACCACAGAAUAUUCUGUAAUCCAUUGUUUUUCCAACAAGUAGUCACAAAAGUCUUCACUACUUCUCAGAGAAGUAGUGCUGCUCCACUGAUGACUUAGCGUCCACUAUCCAAGUCAAUGUCUACUCUAUUACUAAAAGCAUUGUUCUUUCACUGGAAACUUCACCCUUCACCAUAGCUAGCAUUUCUCCUCUGUUCCACUUCUUCUUCUCCGCUUCCUUUCCAAUUAACAGAUCUUUGCUUUCCUACUUUUCUGUUUCAGUAAAGAGGAAUCAUGUAAAAUUCCUCUUCUGGUCCAAUGCAGUCUGCGCCACCUGGGUGGAGAUUCCGCCCAACCGAUUUUGAACUGCUUGACCAUUAUUUGAAGAACAAGAGGCUUGGUCAUCUUACCCAUUGCUUCGACAUCCGAGAGUUUGAACUAUGCGAUUUUGUUCCUUCAGAUCUUUUACCUGAAUCCUCCAAUGAAGAGUUCUAUUUCUUUUGCCCUCCUGAGAAUUACGUAGAAAAAAAUGGACGGCACAAAACGCAUAGGAAAGCGAGGUCUGGAAUCUGGAGAGGCACAGGCAAGACUAACUCAGUUACAUCUGAAGAUAGUGAUGAGGAAAUUGGAACAAGAAAGAUUUUUGUUUACUAUGAUCCGAAGCCAACUAAAUGGGUCAUGCACGAAUAUGCCUUCACUGCAAAGCUCGACGUGCCUUUUAAGGGAGAUUUCGUUCUUUGUAAAUUACAUAUAAACAAGAAGCAAAAAGCCAAUAAGAAGUCGGAGGAGAUUGAACCAAAUUCCAAGAAGAGAAAAAGAAAUAAAAAAUCAGAGGAUAUGGUGCUUGGUUGCAAGAAAGGUAAAUCAAGUAAGAAGGCAAGAAUAGAUUUAUCAAAUUGCAAUAAGGCUUCAGCUUCUACUUUUGAAAAGCAAAAUUUAGAGAUAAUGGCUAAUUCAGCCUGUGGUGAAGAUGAACCGCCCAAUCAUAUGACUUCAGAUUAUGAAAGUCAGAGUCCAAAUAAGAUGGCUUCAACCUAUGAUAUAGGUGAGUCAUGUUAUCGAAGUUGUCCUACUUUUGAAUAUGAAGACCUAUAUGAUAUGUCUGCUUUCUCAACCUCCAACAGAGGUGAAGAAAGUUUCUCUAUUGUUCAAAACCCAUGUGGUAUGUCUGCUAUCGCAACCUACAACAAAGGUGAAGAAUGUCUCUCAAUGACUCAAACUCCUUAUGGUGUAAAUAAUGUUUCAACCUGUAACAAAGUUGAAACAAGUUGUCCAAUAGCUUCUGAUUUGGAAUAUCAAAAUCCAAAUGAGAUGACUGUUUUUUCAUCAAAUGAGAAAUGUACACCAGGUUGCCAAUGGGCUUCUGGUGUUGAAAAUCAAAGUACAUAUGAGAUAACUACUGUUUCAACAUAUGACAAAGAUGAAACAAGUAGCCUCAUGGAUUUUCAUUUUGAAAAUCAAAACUGGUUCAAAAUGACUUCUAACUCAUCCUAUGAUAAAGGUAAACCAACUAACCUUUUGGAUUUUGGAAGUCAAAAUCCUAGCAUGAAUUGCAAUAUAUCAGUCUCUGAAGAAGGUGAAUGGAGUCACCUCAACAGAGUACCUUCUUAUUUUGAAAAUCAAAAUCAAUAUAAGAAUACUGAUAAUUCAAUUCCCGGAAAUUAUUGGAGUCAAAAUCCUAGCAUGAAUUCCGAUAUAUCAGUCUCUGAAGAAGGUGAACGGAUUCACCUCAACAGAGUACCAUCUUAUUUCGAGAAUCAAAAUCAGUAUGAGAAUACUGAUAAGUCAAUUCCUGGAAAUUAUUGGAGUCAAUAUCCUAGCAUGAAUUCCAAUAUAUCAGUCUCUGAAGAAGGUGAAUGUUGUCACCUCAAUGGAGUACCUUCUUACCUCAAUGGAGUACCUUCUUAUUUUGAGAAUCAAAAUCAAUAUGAGAAUACUGAUAAUUCAAUUCCUGGAAAUUAUUGGAGUACCAUGAUGGCUUCUCAUAUUCAAGAUACUACAUUUCAAGAAGUGCAAAGUCAACAUAAAGACACAGACGUGUUAAUCUCUGAAGGACAUCUGAGUCCCUUGGUGGAUAUUGAUGUAGGAGAAUAUUCAUUUUCCGAGAAAGACUCCCAAUUGCUGAAAGAGAUAUUUGCACGUGAUGAACAAGAAGACACUGGUUGCUCUGUACUGCAGCAGCCUAUUCACAACAAAGAGAACCACAGUCACAGUGGCUUUGGUACCUCUGUGUCUACUUCCACGUGAAAUGUUCCCAUUAAGUUCCUUAAUAGGAACUAGACAAUGUUACGUACUAUAACUGGAGACUCAGUAAGUAUAGUAUGUGGAUGGCUAAGGAGGGUAGAUUAUGUUCCUCUUCUCUGCAUUAAAUGCCUCAUAGAGAAACUAAGACAAUGAGUAAAGGAACCAAAUGGCUCUAGCUGUGUUUGGUUCCUCGUAUCAAAACUAUCAAUGGUUUGAUCUGCCCGUUACCAUUGAUAGAUAUGCCACGUUAGACUUGGUUUAGCUCCUUCAGCUUCAAGCUUAUAUCCUUCGUAAUAUAGCCUUUUUACUAAAAAAAUCUGCAGAUAUUAUUAUGUAAAUGUCACUCUUAUUGAGAGAGAUGCGACUUUUGUCCGAGAGUUAUGAUUAUACUACUGUUCUGUUCUGAAGAUAUUAAAGCGAUGUAAUAUUCCAAGUUAUAGUUCUUUUUCUUGUUUGGGAAGGUUUAAUUGUAUCAGGAUCUAGCAACUUGUAUCUUCUGGUUAUCUACCUCUGAAUCCUCGUGCUGUGAAAAUGUUGAAUAAGAAGUUCUAAUGUGAUAAA